GGUUUCUUGGCCAAGUAGUAGAGGCAAUGGAAUUGGAUCCAAUGCUUGGGUAAGUACCUACCAUGAGGUAAGGGAGAGGAGAUUUGAACCUCUGAUUCAACUACGUCAGCACUCACUGAUUCCAGGUUUCUCACAACCAACAUCGCGAUAGUGCAAAUUGACGGAAUUUUUCCUCGAUCAAAUAUGAUGGUACAAAAUUGAAUACUUCGAAUUCUCUCGACUGCGCCAUAAACCAUAACGAAACAUCGAUUCCGAUCACGGCUCCUCGCCCUCAAACUCGUAGUAGAUAAUCAAGUACCCAUUCACACCACCAAGAAAACAUGGCUCAGAAACGGCAUUACCAGGCCGACAAUCAAGACGCAGACAGAGUUCCCUUGUGCGACUCUCCUUGUGCUAGCACCUGCACUAUCGAUUUCAUCAUUAUCCGAAUCAUUUAUCGCACACACUGAAGUUUCUGACGAUUCGUAACAUCGUCUCACCAGUCGCGACUGGCGUUCACUGUUUGAUGAGUUGAAGUAAGCUUUGACAUAACUGACAGUGACGGUGGCAUCCUCUUUUGGAGGACCGCUUGACCAUAACGGAUUGCCGUUACUCCAAUGCUGAAGAAUCAAAUGGCCCCCAGAAGAAGGCAUGUCGGCUCCUUUCAUGUGAGCGAGUAGUUUACUGUCAGCGUAGAAUAGGACCUGUCCUGGAAGAUAGUCAAAGCGGUACUCGUGAAAGGCAUCUGUCGGGUCGAAAUCUAGCUUGACUCGCUUGAAACUGCCAGUUUUGCUGGCAUCAUAGCCAGCCUCCAAGGAUUUCUUGGACUGGACAACCAGAUUGAUAGGGUAUAUACCAUUAUCGUGAUCAAAUUCUUGAGAGAGGAACUCGAUAUCGAUCUCCUGAGUAUCGUUAAAAUACUGUUUCAUUGGUCAGUUUCGCCCAUCGCUCUUGUCAUCCGAUUACUCGCCCAGAAGAAAGCGGCACAGGUGCCCUUGACAUCCGCCAGUUUCAUUCCUGCUCGGUAUGAACCCCAGUGAAGGUCAAGUCUCGUGGUGUCGACCUCGCUCGACGGGAUCGCAUCGUCUUUGUUGACUGCACUUCUUACAUGUAGCUCAAGCCCAGAAUCAUCCCCAGACUUUGCUCGAUGAGUGUUGACAUUGUUGGGCAGGAAUGCUUUGCCGAAGUUACCCCUACCAUCUGCUGCCGAUACUGUAAAGUUUUGAGCUACCCAGUCGUGCCCUUCAGAGAUGUUAUGCAGCUGGCUGAACUUGGUCUCCAGCAGAUCAGUGAAUGCUACUGGGCUAUCGCCUUGGGGUUUUUUGAUCGAGAAACCGCAUUCGCACGCUCCAGAAACCAGACGAGCAGUGGCAAGAAGAUAUGUAAGAGGGAGGAUCAUGAUGGAAAUGGAAGUGAUUGGGUCUUCUCAGCAGAAUUGGCUCUGUUGGCUGUGACGAGCGUAUUUCAACAUUGACACCAUCCUCGAAUAAUUCAUCAGAGGUGCCUGCUUUGGAGCUUAGAUAGUUCAUGGAAGGACGUUCUCCAGAGGCCCGAGGGAAACUUCCAUGGACAGGGCAGGGUACCUUAGGUAAGUAGGUACCUGCAUGCAUAGGUGUGUGGGAGAAAGAGCAUCUCGUAUCAAACAUGGUGUUUUGGUGUUGUAGGUCAGUACCUACCUAGGUAGGUAAUGACUUACAGGUAGUACUUUUGGUUGGAGGGCAUAUGAGAGGCCUUUCUUUUUGUUGGUGAUGAUGUCGCCUUUGGCCCGCCUGCGCCUCCCUGGACAAUUCCUUCCAGCAUCGGGAGCUGAUCACUUUCAACAUGUCACGGGCUUGAUAAAAAGACAAGAAAUGAUGUUUUGACAGGUGCUGAUUAUUCAAAGCAAACACUAUUCAUCUAUACACGAGUAUGGGCCAGCCUCCUCUUGACGGUAUGCGACGCUGCGUCAUGGGCCCAAAAAGGGGUUCCAAGGACAUGCCAGAUCAUGCUAUUGCCGUCAUGUGGCCGCAAAAGAAACAAUCUGUAUAUCGAACAAGGUAUCAAAGCCAAAUUGAACAAUUCGAC